GCGCAUGCGCGGUGCGGUCAGAAAGUUAACUUUGUAGCAAACUGAACUUUUUUUUUUCUCUCUCUUACUUUUUUUCCGUCUUUUUUUUUUUUCUUCUUCUUCCGAGUCGGAGCAGGAAAAACAAGGAGUCAAGAAAAGCAGAAGUCAAAGAAUAAAAAAAAGGGGGGACGACGGGAUUGAAAUGGCUUUUCGGAGGAGAAAUAAGAGCUAUCCUUUCUUUAGUCAGGAGUUUUUAAUUCAGAACCAUGCCGACAUUGUGUUCAGUCUGGUCAUCUUCCUUCUCAUUGGCCUGAUGUUUGAGGCCACGGCAAAAACCGCUAUUCUCUUUAUUCAACCCCAGUACAACAUCAGUACAGUGACACCAGAUGGAGAGCUGACUCUGUACCACUACGGCUGGAAGGACUGCGCCACCGUCCUCUUCUAUCUCUUCAUCACCAUCAUCCUCCACGCCGUGGUGCAGGAGUACAUCCUGGACAAAGUGAACCGGCGUCUUCACCUUUCGAAGAGCAAGAACACGAAGUUUAACGAGUCCGGACAGCUGUGUGUGUUCUACCUCGUCUCCAGUUUGUGGAGUCUAUACGUUCUCGCUACUGAGGGAUAUCUUCUGCAUCCGAGCAGCCUGUGGGAGAACUACCCUCAUGUCCACCUAAGGUUCCAGGUGAAGUUUUUCUAUCUGACCCAGUUGGCGUACUGGCUCCACGCUCUGCCCGAGCUCUACUUCCAGAAAGUGCGCAAGGAAGAGAUCGCUCGUCAGCUGCAGUAUAUCUGCCUGUACCUGUCUCACAUCCUGGCUGCGUAUUUAUUAAAUCUGACACGUAUAGGCGUGGUCCUACUCUUCCUGCAGUACGUCUCAGAGACGGGGUUCCACCUGUCCAGACUCAUCUACUUUAUCGACGAGACACACCAUAAAAUGUUUGAUCUGUGGUCAGUGGGGUUUGUUUUGACCCGUAUGGUAUCUCUGACGCUGAUGUUCCUGUCCGUGGGAUUCGGUUUGGCGCGAUCUGAGAACCAGGCACUCGACUGGGAGGCCGGAAACUUCAACACACUGCCUAUCAGACUCCUGGUGCUGUUCCUGGUGUGCUCGACGCAGUCAUGGCUGCUGUGGAAGUUUUUCUGUUUCCAGCUGAGGCGCACGCGUGAGUUCAGGCUGGAGCAGGCGAGAAAGAGAGCAGCGGCUAAACAGACUUCACGCGCAGUCAAACGCGACGCAGCUGGUCACCAUGAGAACGGCGCGCUCAAGGUAGAGAACGGAACCUCGCCCCGGCUGAAGAAGCUCAAAGCCCCUUAACCCCGCCCCCUUUCCAUAACCCCGCCCCAUACAUAUUAUAUAUAUAUUUUUUGUAAGAGACAGAAACAGGAAACAGGUCACCCAUUUCCUGUUCGGAUCGACUUCGAUCACGAGGGUGCUACGACAUUCCAUAGAGGACUCGCCAUCCAAAAGUGUUGGCGCCCUCAGGGGGGAGAAAAAAAGAAUCGACCUACGUCCCCUCGUUCCUUUUGUUUUUAUCCUUUUUUUUUUUCUUUUCUUCCUUUUUGUACAUCGUCAUUAUCAGUAUUUUGUUAUUGCUUUUGUUCCAAUUAAUUUCUAGUCGCGAUUUCUCUUUCCUCUGCCGGUUCGCAGCGACCCGUAGCUUCUUUAUCUCUGUCGUUGGAAAGCCAUGUUUUCUUGUUGUCAGUACUGUAUCAGCCAGCCCUGGGGAAGGUGAUAACACGGGCCCACGGUGGCCUGCGAAGGACAUCCAGCGUGCAGGUCACACACACACACACACACACACACACACACACACACACACACACACACACACACACACACACACACAGCCUGUGAAGGUGUUUAGGGAGGUUAUUUUUUUCUUUUUUUAUAUAAGGGAGAGGAGUGGGUUCUUGCAUGUCACGGCUGUUUCUCAGUCACGCUUUAGGAAGUUAGAAAUUCUUGAGCUUCUUAUGUUAAGAAAUUCUCGAGCUUCUUGUGAAAAAAAACCAAAUAGUUCAGGAUUAUGGGAUGUGCAUGACACAUGGUGCUUCCUUUUAAGUCUGGAUGAAACCAGAGGUUCCUGAAGACUUUCUUAUAGACGCAUCUGCGUUCUGGUUGGUUCAUUGUGAUUUUUUUUUUUUUUUUUCCCUCAGUAGCACAGACUCCGCCCCUCAAUCAAGGUGUCAAAACGCAGAACCCGAACACUACAGCACGGGAUGUUUAUUGUUUUUCCAAAGACAAAUUUGGGAUUUCCAUUCAAGCUGGUUGUUUAAAAGCUGAUUCUCUAUGAAGUUAAAAAUAAAAAUAAACAUGAGGGAAAAAC